GACGCACGGGGCGGAUGUGGCUUCCCGGGCUGAGCGGCCGCCGGCUCCGGUUCCGGGCGUCGCUUCCGUGGCGGCGACGCGGGGCGGGGCGGGGAGAAGAUGGCGGCGGAGCUGGAGCAGGAGGUGCAGGCCAUUGACAAGAGCUUGCUGGAGUGUUCGGCCGAAGAGAUCGCGGGGAAAUGGCUACAAGCAAAUGAGCUUCAGAAGGAAGUAUACCAGCAUCUGGCCUACUAUGUACCAAAAAUUUACUGCAGGGGUCCCAACCCUGCUCCAGAAAGAGAAGACAUGCUGGCACAACAUGUGUUGCUGGGACCAAUGGAAUGGUAUCUGUGUGGAGAAGAUUCUGCAUUUGGUUUUCCAAAGCUGGAGCAAGCGAACAAACCUUCCCAUCUCUGUGGUCGUGUUUUUAAAGUGGGAGAACCUACAUAUUCAUGCAGAGACUGUGCAGUUGACCCAACUUGUGUGUUGUGCAUGGAGUGCUUUCUUGGAAGUAUUCACAGAGAGCACCGAUACAGGAUGACAACAUCAGGUGGAGGAGGUUUCUGUGACUGUGGUGAUACUGAGGCUUGGAAAGAAGGUCCUUACUGUCAAAAGCACGAACUUAACACUUCAGAGACUGCAGAAGAAGAGGAUCCUCUCGUGCACUUACCAGAAGAUAUGGUAGCAAGAGCUUAUAAUAUUUUUGCUAUCGCAUUUAAAUAUGCAGUAGAUAUAUUAACAUGGGAGAAAGAAAAUGAAUUGCCUGGCCUAGAAAUGACUGAGAAGAGUGACACUUACUACUGCAUGCUCUUUAAUGAUGAAGUCCACACCUAUGAGCAAGUUAUCUAUACUCUUCAGAAAGCUGUCAACUGCACACAGAAGGAAGCUAUUGGUUUUGCAACAACAGUAGAUAGAGAUGGCCGUAGGUCUGUCCGAUAUGGAGAUUUUCAGUACUGUGAUCAAGCAAAAUCAGUAAUUGUGAGAAAUACCAGUCGUCAGACAAAGCCAUUGAAAGUACAGGUUAUGCACUCAUCCAUCGUUGCCCAUCAGAGCUUUGGUCUGAAGCUCCUAACCUGGCUUGGCAGCGUUAUUGGAUAUUCAGAUGGCCUUCGUCGAGUAUUGUGUCAGGUUGGUUUACAGGAGGGACCGGAUGGGGAAAAUUCUUCUCUUGUGGAUAAGCUGAUGCUGUAUGAUUCUAAACUGUGGAAGGGAGCUAGAAAUGUGUAUCACCAGUUAUUCAUGAGCAGUCUACUUAUGGACUUGAAAUACAAGAAGCUUUUCGCUAUCCGUUUUGCAAGAAAUUACCGGCAGUUGCAGAGAGAUUAUAUGGAGGAUGAUCACGAACGAGCAGUGUCGGUGGCUGCUCUGUCUGUCCAACUCUUCACUGUACCUACUCUGGCUCGAAUGCUAAUAACAGAGGAAAAUCUUAUGACCACUAUCAUCAGAACUUUUAUGGACCAUUUAAGACACCGUGACAUCCAAGGCAGGUUUCAGUUCGAACGUUACACUGCUCUGCAGGCUUUCAAAUUCAGGCGUGUUCAGAGCCUUAUUCUGGAUCUCAAGUAUGUGUUGAUAAGUAAGCCAACUGAGUGGUCAGAAGACUUGAGACACAAGUUUCUAGAGGGUUUUGAUGCCUUCUUAGAGUUGCUCAAAUGUAUGCAGGGUAUGGACCCAAUAACCCGCCAAGUAGGACAGCACAUCGAAAUGGAGCCAGAAUGGGAAGCAGCAUUUACACUGCAAAUGAAGUUAACACUUGUUAUUUCAAUGAUGCAGGACUGGUGUGCUUUAGAUGAAAAAGUGUUAAUUGAAGCUUACAAGAAAUGCCUGGCUGUGCUGAUGCAGUGUCAUAGUGGCUUUACUGAUGGAGAACAGCCUAUUGUUCUCAGUAUGUGUGGACAUUCAGUUGAGACCAUCAGAUACUGCGUUUCCCAGGAAAAAGUCAGCAUUCAUCUCCCAGUUUCACGUUUACUUGCAGGCUUGCAUGUUUUGCUGAGUAAAACUGAAGUGGCAUAUAAGUUUCCAGAGCUGCUACCCCUGAGUGAACUUAGCCCACCUACGUUAAUAGAACAUCCUCUACGAUGCUUAGUUCUAUGUGCUCAAGUGCAUGCAGGGAUGUGGAGGAGAAAUGGCUUCUCUCUUGUUAAUCAGAUUUAUUACUAUCAUAAUGUGAAAUGCAGGAGAGAGAUGUUUGACAAGGACAUAGUAAUGCUUCAGACAGGUGUGUCUAUGAUGGAUCCAAACCACUUCCUGAUGAUAAUGCUGAGUCGCUUUGAACUUUAUCAGAUAUUUAGUACUCCAGACUAUGGCAAAAGAUUUAGCACAGAAAAUACUAACAAGGAUGUUGUUCAACAAAAUAAUACUCUUAUAGAGGAGAUGCUGUACCUCAUCAUAAUGAUUGUUGGGGAAAGGUUCAGUCCUGGAAUAGGGCAGGUAAAUGCAACAGAUGAAAUCAAACGAGAGAUCAUCCAUCAGCUGAGCAUCAGGCCGAUGGCUCACAGCGAAUUAGUAAAGGCAUUACCUGAAGAUGAGAACAGAGAGACGGGAAUGGAAAGCGUAAUUGAAGAAGUGGCUUGUUUCAAGAAACCUGGACUAACUGGCAGAGGACUGUAUGAAUUAAAACCAGAAUGUACCAAGAACUUCAAUCUGUAUUUCUAUCACUUCUCAAGGGCAGAGCAAUCAAAGGCUGAAGAAGCACAAAGAAAGCUGAAGAGACAGAACAGAGAAGAUACAGCACUUCCGCCACCAGUGUUGCCUCCUUUCUGCCCGCUUUUUGCAAGUCUGGUUAAUAUUCUGCAGUCUGAUGUCAUGCUGUGCAUUAUGGGAACAAUACUACAGUGGGCAGUAGAACACAAUGGCUAUGCCUGGUCAGAGUCCAUGCUGCAAAGGGUUUUGCAUUUGAUUGGAAUGGCACUACAAGAAGAAAAACAGCACCUGGAGAAUCUCAGUGAGGAGAACGUUGUAACAUUUACCUUCACUCAGAAAAUAUCAAGGCCAGGAGAGGCUCCCAAUAAUUCUCCUAGUAUACUGGCUAUGCUAGAAACACUGCAAAAUGCACCUCAUCUGGAAGUGCACAAGGACAUGAUCAGGUGGAUUUUGAAGACCUUUAAUGCCAUUAAGAAACUCAGAGAAAGCUCUUCUACAAGUCCUGUUGCUGAGACCGAAGGAACUGUUAUGGAGGAGAGUUCACGUGAUAAAGACAAAGCUGAGAGGAAGCGAAAAGCUGAGAUUGCUCGGCUGCGCAGAGAGAAGAUAAUGGCCCAGAUGUCAGAGAUGCAGCGGCACUUCAUUAAUGAGAACAAAGAACUCUUUCAACAGACUUUGGAGGAACUGGAUACUUCAACUUCUGGAGUGCAUGAUAAUAGCCCUGUAAUUUCAGAUGCAAAACUCACAGCCCUGGGACCGGAGCAAACUAGGGUAGCUGAACACAGACAGAUUGUUAUGUGUAUAUUGUGUCAGGAGGAACAGGAAGUUAAAGUGGACAGUAGAGCGAUGGUGUUGGCAGCAUUCAUUCAGAGAUCAACUGUAUUAUCUAAAAAUAGAAACAGAAUUAUUCCAGACCCUGAAAAUCAUGACCCUUUGUUCAUGCAUCCAGAUCUGUCAUGUGGAACGCACACAGGUAGCUGUGGCCAUAUUAUGCACGCUCAUUGUUGGCAAAGGUAUUUUGAUGCUGUCCAAGCAAAAGAGCAACGAAGACAACAAAGAUUACGAGUACACACAAGUUAUGAUGUAGAAAAUGGUGAAUUCCUUUGCCCGCUCUGUGAAUGUUUAAGCAACACUGUUAUUCCUCUGCUUCCACCACCAAGAGUUUUGUUUAACAGGUUAGACUUUUCAGGCCAACCAAACCUUGCUCAAUGGAUCAAAACAAUAUCUCAGCAAAUAAAAGCACUGUAUUUACUUCGAGAUGAAGACCGUUCAAGUAAUUCUGGUCAUUCAGAAACAAUGGAUCAACUACAACUACCUGAAGGAUUUAGACCAGAUUACAAACCGAAGAAUCCAUAUUCUGGAAGUAUUAAGGAGAUGCUGACAACAUUUGGUACAGCAACGUAUAAAGUGGGCUUGAAGGUUCAUCCAAAUGAAGAAGAUCCACGUGUACCUGUAAUGUGCUGGGGAAGCUGUGCUUACACAAUACAGACCAUAGAACGAAUUCUAUCUGAUGAAGAUAAGCCAUUAUUUGGCCAUUUACCUUGUCGACAGGAUGACUGCCUUAAAUCAUUAACAAGAUUUGCAGCAGCUCACUGGACAGUCUCAUCUCUUUCAGCUAUACAGGGUCACUUUUGUACUCUCCUAGCAUCACUGGUGCCUAAUGAAAAAAAUGGAAACCUUCCGUGCAUACUUGACAUCGACAUGUUUCAUUUAUUGGUCAGCUUGGUGCUCUCUUUCCCUGCCAUACAUUGUCAGGAUUUUUCAGGGAUUAGUCUUGGCACUGGAGAUCUUCGCCUGUUUCAUCUUGUCACAAUGGCACACAUAAUACAAAUUUUACUUACCUCAUCGACAGAAGAGAAUGGCAUGGAUCAAGAGAACACUAGCAGUGAAGAAGAAGUAGCUGUGCUUACGCUGUAUAAAUUUCUUUGCCAGUGUACAGGAAGUGCCUUGAAAGAAAUUUCCUCAGGAUGGCACCUGUGGAGGAAUCUAAAAGCUGGAAUCAUGCCUUUUCUGAGAUGUUCUGCUAUGUUCUUUCAUUACUUAAAUGGAGUCCCAGCACCCUCAGAACUUCAAGUGAAUGGAACAAACCAGUUUGAACACUUAUGUAGCUAUCUUUGCUUGCCAAACAACCUCACCUGCCUUUUUCAAGAAAAUAAUGAGAUUAUGAACACCUUGGUAGAAAGUUGGUGCGGUAACAGUGAGGUAAAGAGAUAUCUAGAAGGCAAGAGGCAUGCUAUCAGCUAUGCAAGAGAAUCCAAUAAGUUAAUAGACCUUCCGGACGACUACAGCUGCCUCAUUAACCAAGCUUCUAAUUUCUCGUGUCCAAAAUCAGGUGGUGACAAAAGCAGAGCUCCAACAUUGUGCCUUGUGUGUGGGACCAUGCUGUGUUCUCAGAGUUACUGUUGUCAGACUGAGUUAGAAGGGGAAGAUGUUGGAGCCUGUACUGCACAUACAUACAGCUGUGGUUCUGGAGUGGGCAUAUUCCUUAGAGUACGAGAAUGUCAGGUGCUCUUUUUAGCUGGCAAAACAAAGGGCUGCUUUUAUCCUCCUCCUUACCUUGAUGACUACGGAGAGACAGACCAGGGACUUCGGCGUGGGAAUCCCUUACAUCUGUGCAAAGAACGCUUUAAAAAGAUACAAAAACUCUGGCAGCAGCACGGCAUCACGGAGGAAAUUGGACACGCACAGGAAGCAAAUCAGACGCUAGUUGGCAUCGAUUGGCAGCAUUUAUAAUGGUCAUCUGCUGAAGACUGGAACUUGAUUAAGACUUUUGUAAUUCAAUAAGCUUUUUCAAAGGAGGGAUUAGGAGGAAAAAAAAGAAAAAAAGGUCUGAGAAAAUGAAAUAAACCCAGUCCUUUUAUUUAAUCUUUGUUUUACAUUGUAUUUCAUAAAGAUACCAGUUAACAAUAACCGAGUAAACUUUGUAUGUAAGCAAGUUUUAUUAGUCAUAUAAUUUGCACUGUGCUUCCUUCACAGAAACCUCUUGGGUUUAUAAACCUGGGCAAACGAACUUGAGUUUCUGAUUGAAAAGAAUGACUCUUUUUGGAAGUCUGACUAUGAUAUUUCUUACAAACUACCAGAGGAAAUAGACUGCUGAAACGGAAACCAGAUAGAGCACAAUCACGGAUUGUGUCGUGCCCCUUGCUAGUAAUCUGAGCCGUUUUAUUUAUUAUUCUGCAUUUUAAUACCUAAGCUGUGUGUACAUGCAAUGGAAUGAAGUAAGGAAGCAAAUAAUGUAGCAAAUGGAUGUUUCUGUCUGCAUCGGUGGAUAAUUCAAUCUUACACUUGGCGUACCUGAAAUGAUUUUGUUAUUUGUACUCUUGCAGCUUUCUUGCUUCCGGUUGUUUUUAACUAGAAAAAAACAGGAAAAAAACCCAACAAACCCCAAACCCUAACACUAGCUGUAUCAGUAAAAUAACUUAAUUUAAAGCUUUUUCCAGAGCAUUGCACUCCUUAGAAUUAUGUAGUUUGUAAUUUGAAUUUAGCUGGGAAACCCUUCCACGUCAGUUCUGUGAUUGGUUAUUGCUAUUCAAGGGUUGACAUUUGUGCUUUAGAAGAUAUUUUAAGAUAACGGCGAUGUGUAAAAAUGCCAUGGGAGCUGAUUUUGUUGAUUUGCAGAAGCACAGAGGAAUAUCCUUCAUUUCUGUUAAGAGUCAACUGUCACGGUGCAGAUCCUACCUACAUUUUGUUGCGGAUGAGCUGAGUGGCUUCUUCUGACAUUGAAGGGCCGCAAUCACACUGCCCACGUUUUUGCCUCUGUUCAUUUUUUUUUGUUGUACCAUCAAGUAUAUUUACUUUUGGCUUGAUUUAAAGCUCUGUAAAGAUGUUUGCAUAUAGUAUAUUUUAUAAAUAUAUUCUAUAACUGCGCAGAUUUGCACUUGAUACAAGGGUGCCUGAAGGCAGUGAGUUUUCUAGUUGUAUGUAAUUAGACCGCCAAGGUGUCUCUAAAAAGUGACAUUAUACUUUAUUGAUUUAAAAUAAAAUCCAUUACCCUUCUCUCUCCUAUCUUUUGACGAAUAGUAAUAACUUACAUAGUUCCGCUCCUUAAUAACUGUAUUUUCCUUAAUAAAUCUUACCUUCUGACUGUAUCUUCAGCCCAGACGAGCAGUCCCCUUACUGUCUGCAGUAUCUUCAGUUCCACUUGGCGUCACUCUGGAUUGUUUCUAUUUUUACAGAUCUAAUGCUUCAGAUAACUUUUGUAUAUUCACGGUGUAUGGGGCGAUUUUCACGUUCGGUAACAGUAUUGAGUGAAGAUGCAAAAUAAAUAAACUUGGCCAACGUUGAUUCCCUGUUCUUGAAAACAGCA